CAUCAUGUCAAUGUUAAUUUGCCCAAAUUGUAGCCGCUAUAUUUGAGACGCAACAGGGCGAGCUUCCUGAUUGAGCCAAGCAAAUUUGUACUCCUCUUAGCAGGCCAAACGAAAAUUAGCUCAGAACCCUUUUAGAGAAUUGCGGCAAAGACUGCGGAAGAAUUGGAGAGAGAUGGACAUGAUGUAGCCACGUGGCAAGUGAAUUUACUUUAUAAAAAUCCAGCAUGGCAUAUAGAUUAGAUAAAUGUGGUCCCAUGAAAUAUAGCCGUUACUGCAUGAACGACUCCCUCGCCUUCUUCAGGUGAAAGCGAAGACCUGGUUUAGACUGACUAAUAAGCUACCAACGGUUUCAUGGGAUGCAGGUAAAACUAGCCGUUAAGAAAUAUAUCUAAACAUGAAGACCCCCAACCCACCCCGAUCUCUACUGACUUUGUCGCCCCCCCUCCCAAGGACACAGCUAGAUUCCCUUUCCCUUUUUAUUUCUCCUCACUUCCCUUCUUCUCUCUAACUUCUUCCUUCCAUCUUUCUCCACGCAGUCACUGUCUUCUCUCAUCUGCACCCAAAAAGGGAAACAAGGGAAUAGAGGAUAUCCAACUCAGCGCUUCUCCUUCCUUCUCUUUUCUCCCUCUUACUUCUGCUUUCUCUCUUGCAUUUUCAUGGAAAAUACUUGUCAUCUCUUGAAUGAAUCUAACCCAUUGCUUAAUGAGAAUGUUUCAGGUUCGGAGGACAAAUGGAACAUAAAACCACAACAGAAACAUGUAUCUCCCUUUGUUCUUAGAAACAAGUUCUUCCUCUUUGCCCAUUUGUUCCUGUUUCUGCUACCGUUUUCAGCUCUGCUUGCUUCGGGCCAACACUGGGAUGGGGUGAUUGUAACCCAAGCUGAUUAUCAAGCUCUUCGAGCCAUAAAACACGAACUCGUCGACUUCAGAGGAUUCCUACGCAGCUGGAAUGAUAGCGGCUAUGGAGCUUGCUCAGGUAGGUGGGCUGGAAUCAAGUGUGUUAAGGGACAGGUCAUCGCUAUCCAGCUUCCUUGGAGGGGAUUAGGUGGCCGUAUUUCCGAGAAGAUUGGUCAGCUUCAAGCUCUUAGGAAGCUUAGCCUCCAUGAUAAUGUUCUUGGCGGUCCAGUCCCUUGGUCUCUUGGGUUCCUCCCCAGUCUCAGAGGGGUAUAUCUCUUCAACAACAGGCUUUCAGGUUCCAUCCCUCCUUCUGUUGGUAACUGUCCUGCUCUGCAAACUCUUGAUUUGAGUAACAAUUCACUCUCUGGUACGAUUCCUCCUAGUCUUGCCAACUCUACUAGGUUGUAUAGACUUAAUCUGAGCUACAAUUCUUUGUUGGGUUCCAUCCCUGUUCGGCUCACCCGGUCACCUUCUCUCACCAUUCUUGCUUUGCAACAUAACAAUCUUUCUGGUUCUGUCCCAGAUACAUGGGUUGGAACAGGAAACAGUUCUUACCAACUUCAGAUCUUGACCCUUGAUCACAACUUCCUCACUGGAGCGAUUCCAGUUACUCUGCGCAAGUUGAGUUUACUUGAACAAAUUUCUUUAGGCCAUAACCAGAUUUCUGGGACGAUACCUGAUGAACUAGGGACACUAUCAAAACUCCAGAUGCUAGACUUAUCAAGCAAUGCUAUCAGUGGGAGCUUCCCUUCUAGCUUUUCCAGCCUCUCCUCUCUUGUUUCUUUAAACCUUGAGGGCAAUCGCCUUGAUAACCAAAUCCCAGAAGGAUUAGACAAAUUGCAAAACCUCACAGUGCUCAAUCUGAAAAAUAAUAGAUUAAGCGGCCAGAUCCCAGCAACUAUUGGCAACAUAUCUGGCAUCAACCAAUUUGAUUUAUCUGAAAACAAUUUUACUGGAGAAAUACCGGAUUCACUUGCCAGCCUAACCAAUCUUAGUCAUUUCAAUGUUUCUUACAACAAUCUCUCUGGUGCUGUCCCAUCUCUCCUAGCCAAAAACUUCAAUUCAAGCUCUUUUAUGGGCAAUCUUCAGCUCUGUGGCUACAGCACAUCAACCUUAUGUCCUUCUCCCGCCCCUUUCAAUCCUUCACCUGCACCUGCAGAGGCACCCAAACAUCAUCACAGAAAACUCAGUGUCAAGGACAUCAUCCUCAUAGCAGUUGGUGGCCUCCUAGCGAUACUAUUAAUUUUAUGCUGCAUCUUACUCUUCUGCUUACUGAAGAAAAAGGCCACCUUGAAACAAAAGAGUGGUAAAAUGGGUGCUGUUAUUGGAAAAACUGAGAAGGAAGUUCCUGUGGCAGGCACUGAAGUUGAGUCAGGCGGUGAAAUGGGUGGAAAAUUAGUCCACUUUGAUGGUCCAUUUGUCUUUACAGCUGAUGAUCUAUUAUGUGCCACUGCGGAGAUAAUGGGGAAGAGCAAUUAUGGCACAGCUUACAAGGCAACUUUAGAAGAUGGCAAUCAAGUUGCUGUGAAGAGGUUGAGGGAGAAGACUACAAAGGGACAGCGGGAGUUUGAGUCUGAGGCUGCUGCACUUGGAAAGAUCCGCCAUCCAAACCUCCUUGCCCUUAGGGCCUAUUACUUGGGACCCAAAGGAGAGAAGCUUCUUGUAUUUGAUUACAUGCCCAGAGGAAGUCUUGCAUCUUUCCUCCAUGCUCGAGGGCCCGAAACCACCAUUGAUUGGCCAACAAGGAUGACAAUCGCACUUGGGAUUACCCGAGGAUUGAACUACCUACAUACCCAAGAAAAUAUAAUUCAUGGAAACCUCACAUCAAGUAACAUACUACUUGACGAGCAAACCAAUGCCCACAUUGCAGAUUUUGGCCUUUCUAGGCUAAUGACCGCUGCUGCCAGCACAAAUGUGAUUGCCACUGCAGGAACACUCGGCUACCGAGCACCAGAACUCUCAAAGCUAAAGAAUGCCAGCACAAAGACUGAUGUGUACAGCCUUGGAGUGAUCAUCCUGGAGCUCCUUACAGGAAAAUCCCCAGGUGAGCCGAUGAAUGGCAUGGACUUGCCCCAGUGGGUGGCAUCCAUUGUAAAAGAGGAAUGGACUAAUGAAGUCUUUGAUUUGGAGCUCAUGAGAGAUACACCAACCAUCAAUGAUGAGCUGCUUAACACUUUGAAAUUAGCUCUUCAUUGCGUUGAUCCCUCACCUGCAGCACGCCCUGAAGUUCAGCAGGUUCUGCAGCAACUAGAAGAGAUCAAGCCCGAGGUGGCUGCUGGUUCUGGUGAUGAUGGAGAUAAAGUCCCACCAACAACUGAAUAGAGUUUCUUCAUUGUUUACCGCAUUUAAGGGUGCAAUACAAUAAAGGGUUCACAGAAAUUCAUUAUAGGAGAAAGAAAGAGAGAGAUAGAGAGGGGGGCGGGGUUUACUCAACAGAUUUAUUGAUUCUUAUUAUUAUUUGCUGUUUCAUAUAUGUAAAUAUAGGUUGUUUUGAAUGAGUAUUCUUUUUGUCUAAGACAAUAAAUGUAUUCUUUGCAAUUCAUGCUUAAUGUUAUUAAGAGAGCAAAUAUUUUAUGUUGAUUCCA